AUGAAGCUGGCGAAGCUGAGCUCAUACAAGGCGGCGAUGGGGAUCAUGCGAGCGAGAAAGACCUUGAAGCCAGAGGAAGAGACGAGAGACCAUGACGCUUAUGCCAGACUCUACAGCGAGCAAAAGGUCGAGUACGCGGACAGCAAGUUCCUCCGCGUUGGAGAGGAGGAGGUGCACUACCUGGAGGCGCUGCCAGCAGAAGGCGAAGCGCCCGACGUCGCUGUCGUGUGCGUGCAUGACUUCGGAGCAUUGUGCUCCUCCUAUCGGAACGGAGAGAAGGAAUCCUGA